AUGGGAAAGUUUUCGUCGCACCACGUGACCGCCACCAUCCCUACCAAUAAUGUCGCCCCCGUCGCCGUGAAGGCCAAGCGCACGAGGAAAACCAUUCCUCGCGACUCCCCGCCUCAACGGAGCUCAAUUUAUCGCGGCGUUACAAGACAUCGAUGGACCGGGCGAUAUGAAGCACAUCUGUGGGACAAGAACUGCUGGAAUGAGGCGCAGAACAAGAAAGGGAGACAAGUCUAUCUCGGCGCUUAUGACGAGGAAGAAGCAGCCGCUCACGCCUACGAUUUGGCUGCCCUCAAGUAUUGGGGACAAGACACUAUUCUUAAUUUUCCGUUGUCAAUGUACCAGAAAGAGAUCAUAGAAAUGGAAGGGCAGUCGAGAGAAGAAUACAUUGGAUCAUUAAGAAGGAAAAGCAGUGGAUUUUCACGAGGAGUAUCCAAGUACAGAGGAGUUGCAAGACAUCAUCACAACGGGAGAUGGGAAGCUCGAAUUGGGAGAGUUUUUGGAAAUAAAUAUCUCUACCUUGGAACUUAUGCUACGCAAGAAGAGGCCGCCAUAGCCUACGACAUGGCGGCCAUAGAAUACCGCGGCCUAAACGCCGUCACCAACUUCGAUCUAAGCCGAUACAUAAAAUGGCUAAGACCUAACAACAACAAUAAUUCUACGAACAUUAACACAACUCCGGCGACCUCAAACCCCCGGGGGCCCGGAAGCUCAGCCCCCCUCCACCUCCCCAAUCACGCCCCCGCUGCCUCAUCAUCUCAGGCGCGGGCCCCCACAACUGCCACGUCAGCCCUAGGGCUUCUUCUACAGUCUUCCAAGUUCAAAGAAAUGAUGGAAAUGACACUGGCUGCAGAGUGCCCGCCGGAGUCGAAAAUGGCUGCAGACCCGCCGCCGCCGCCACCGAGCAGCAUCCCGGAGGAUGUGAAGACAUACUUCGAGUCGAAUGAAUUCUGCGCGUAUAAUGAGCACGGCGACGAUUUCUUCGGGGAGCUUAACUCGUUCAUGGGGCAGCCUAUGGGUCAUGAUGAUCAGUUUGGUGAUGUGAUUUAAUUUGAUCUGUUGUUUUUUUAGGUUUUUCUUGAUUCAAAAGGGUUCAUUCUUUCGAGUAUCUCCAUAUUUUUUGUAGAUACUAAGAUUGUAAUAAGAG